AUGGAUUCCACCGCCACUUCUGCGCCUAGGACUCCACGUACUCCGCGAAGGACGUGCAAGGAUGAGGCGAUGGUGAAGAUCUUGGAAUGCUUCAAAAAACUCUCCACCAGUCCGAAGGCGAAGGCCACUCCCCUUUCUUCUGUAGCAUGUCGUCACACGGAGAAGGUGCAUUCAGCGACUUCGUUGUCACGUCAAAAAGGCUCGUCAUUGCAUUCUUCUGAGGCAUCCUUCUCUCCCUCUGAAAAUGUCUCAUCUUCUGAAGAAUUUGACUCGGAGGAGAUCUCUUCCGAAGAGGACCCUACAAGUCCCACCACUUCUACAGACACUUCUGAUGAUAAGUGGGUGCGUCGAACGAGGCCACGACGUAGAAAAACCAGGAGACCAGCACAAACUUCUGUCAGUGAUCAAGCCUUCUUUCCUCGUCGUACCACCUCCGCCAUCAUCGAUCGUGAGACGUUGAAUGCCAAGCUGCACGCUUCGCGUCUCUCUAACGACUGUCUACCCUGCCGCGAAAAGGAAUUUGAUGCGAUCUUCGAGUUCCUUUUUGAGCACCUUCAAAAUGGCACUGGAGGGUGUCUGUAUAUCUCGGGAGUACCGGGAACAGGAAAGACGGCAACUGUCACGGCUGUAGCGAGGAGCAUGGCUGGCUGUGUGGAUGAGGACGGCAACAGUGUUAUUCCACCCUUCAAAUUUGUCACCGUCAAUGGGAUGCAAGUGUCCCAGCCGCAUCAAAUCUAUGCUCAGAUCUAUGAGGUUAGUUGCCACGAAUCACCACUUCUUUCUAUUCACGUCGAUUGCGGCAUCUUUGGGUUACGCGAGCAUGCUAGCGUCUGGGAUUCAAAUCAGGAUGGUUGUCUAUGCGGUCGCUCAUCAGUUUCGGCAUUGAAAGGCGAAAAAGCGUCAGCCUACAAGGCGAUGUCGCUGCUCGAAGCUGAGUUCUGUUCAGCACCACGGCAACGUGGUAAUUCUACUGCUCCAGCUUGCAUCCUCCUCCUCGACGAAUUGGACCUCCUGUGUUCACGCCGGCAAGACGUCCUCUAUGCCCUCUUCGAUUGGACAUGUCGGUCUUCGGUUGGCGUUGGCGACCGUAAACGAUGUGGAAGACGUAUAUUGAUCGUACUAGCCGUAGCAAACACCAUGGAUCUACCUGAACGCGUGUUGCAUCAUCGCGUAGCUAGUCGUUUGGGUCUUAAUCGACUUGCUUUUGCGCCUUAUUCGCAUGAACAACUCGCCGCUAUUGUCAAUGCUCGACUAGGAUCGGAGCUUGGCUCAUCUUUCGAUCCGAAAGCAAUUGAAUUAGCAACUCGCAAAGUAGCCGCGGUGUCGGGUGACGCACGUCGAGCGUUGGAUAUUUGUCGUCGUGCGGCCGAGUUAGCGCAACUGGAGGGAGGUCAGAAGGCUACCACAACCAUGCAGCAUGUGAACGCAGCCCUGCGGGAGAUGUUCACUUCGUUAGGAUUAACUGCUCUGCGAAGCGUUUCCCACUACGAGCGACUGCUGCUACGAGCUAUUGUAGCUGAGGUGGCAGCGCAAGGCGUUGAAGAGGUUCCGCUGAAUCGGUGUUUGCAGCAGCUUCACGUCCUCUGCAACCUUGAGGUCGGUCUCUUGGCAAUGGAAAACGCGUUGAAAGAACGGGAUCGCAAACAGCACAAUGCGGGCAAUCUCCGCCUUGAUCUGAAACGGGUUUAG